CUUGGGAAUUGAAAGUGAAACUAGUUAGUGUUUUCUGUUUUAAGUUUGAGGACUACGAAACCGAUUUAGGACAAUUGUACUUACUGUGUGUUACUGAAUCUCUGUGCCAGCAUGGCAGGUUCUACACCUAAUCGGGGAGUGUGCGCCUUCUGUGGCCUGAGGGAGCAGAAUAAGGAAACCGGGCGCUUGCUAAAGACCAGUAAUGAUAAAAUAACAGCCCAUUUAAACUGCACGAUCUUUUCACCUAAAGUGAUAACAACAGUUUCAUCCAAUGAGAACUUCGGUGGAUUUGAUAUUAAUAGUGUGAAAAAAGAAAUCAAACGUGGAAAAAAGGCGAAAUGCAAAUUGAAAUCCUGCAGAAAGCGUGGAGCAACUAUUGGUUGUGAUAUUGAAGAUUGCAAGAAAACCUAUCACUAUAUGUGUGCAAAAAAUGAUGGUGCCAAAAUUAUAAACAAUGAAGAAAAAGAAAAAUAUAUAAUUUUAUGUAAACAUCAUAGAACUGACAAACAGGAUGAAGCUGGAGAUAGUAGAAGAUCAGAGACAAGCUCAGAUUCCAGCACCAGUUCAUCUACAGACGAUUCUGACACUUUAGGCACACCAAGAGCAAGGAAAAAAAGGAAAAAGAAAGGAAAUGAAGGCAAAACACCAAGGUAAAGAAAUUUUCUCUGUAAAAAAAAAAGUCUUAUGCUGCAUAUAGUUAAUGAAC